GAGACGUUCGGUAAAACUACUCGAGCAAAGUUUAGGAUAGUUACACGCCACAGCGGCAACAUCAGAACAGAUUAGAAUAUAGUGAGAUGGAAAAUACCUCGGAUAGGAAAGCGAAACAUUCGGUCCGGAUGCUUCUGAGACAUGUGCCUAUGCACAUAUCUCGAACGUCGGAGCAUAUCUUUUAUGAACUCGGCCUUCGUAUUGCACAACGUCCGGGUAGAUGGCUUGCCGGAAGUACAAUUGUGGUUCUCUUUUGCCUCGCGGGACUUCUGUGUUUCCGACAAGAGAAGAAUCCUCUCAAACUCUGGGUACCUCCAGACUCUGAUUUUGUACGAGAUACGGAAUGGAUUACGGAGAAUUUCGGUCAAGGAAUGAGAGUCCAAACUUUAAUUAUGACCGGUAAAAACGUCUUGGAGCCUCGGGCGCUUAUGAAGCUGAACGAAGUGACGAGCCGCAUAUUAAAGUCACACGCAACAACGGGAGGAAACACAUCCUGGACAGAUGUGUGCUUCAAGAUUCCUGUAAUUCCCGAAAUUGCGCGAACGAAACGUCAGAUCAACUCGUCAGACAAUGGUCAAGACAAUUUCUUCGACUUUGAAGGAAACGAUUCUGAGGAUGAGGACAGCUUCGAUCUGUUGUCGUGGGUACCGACUAGCUGGUACUGCAGCGCGUAUAAUUCGUUCGAAAAAAGCUGCUACCUGAAGAGCAUUCUGGACAUAUGGAAGUUCGACGAUGCUACGAUGAGUAAUUUGACAACGGAUGAAAUUGUCCGCAGUAUAAAAACUGUAAGGACAAGUCCCAGUUUGGGACAUAAAAUGAAUUACGGCGAACUCCUCGGCGGCAUAAUCAGAGACGAUAGUGGACGGAUAAUCGGUGCAAAGGCAGUAAAAACCCAAUGGUUUUUAAACGUGAAUUUUUCAGCGGUUGACAUGAACAAAAUUGGCAACGACGUGGGAACUGCUGACUGGGCAACGGAAGAUGUUUUGGAAUGGGAAAAAGCCUUUUUGGAAGCAGCCAAGGAUGAAACUGACAACCUUCGGCUGGAAGAACAGACCAUGAAAGGAGGCCUGACUCUUUGGUAUGAAGCCGGCAGGAGUUUUGGAGACAUCAGCUCUUCAGCAAUGUUUCAGGACAUCACGAAAGUCAUUGCCGGAGUAAUACUGAUGUCGUUUUACGUUCAAGUUAUGCUUUCCAGAUUCAACUGGGUCGAGUGGCGCUUUUGCCUGACCACCGCGGGGCUGAUGUGCGUAGGUGGAGCCUUCAUCAUCGCCGUUGGAAUUUGCUCCUUGGCCGGAGUUCCUUACGGACCAGUUCACACCUCUUUACCCUUCAUGCUAAUGGGUCUUGGGGUGGACGACAUAUUCGUCAUGGUCGCAGCCUGGGACCAGCUCCAUUCCAACGAGAAGAAUCAUGGCCGUCCGUUGACCGAGAGAAUAGCACUGAUGCUGAGCCACGCGGGAUCCUCGAUAUUCAUAACGUCCUUGACGGACGUCGUUGCCUUUGUGAUAGGCGCUUCGACGAUCCUCCCGUCUCUUCAAUCCUUCUGUAUUUACGCAGCAGUCGGUGUCUUCGUUACCUUUCUUUUGCAAAUCACAUUUUUCGUUGGAUUUUUCACCCUGGACACGAAGCGGAUCGAGGCCAAGAGGAACGGGAUUCUGCCGUGCAUAGUGCACAGCGGUUAUCAGCCACGGCCGAAAAACGAAGAUCGCAUCUCGUGGCGUGUCACAGGCUUCCUGUAUUCCCGCGGGGUAUUAACGAGCUGGGGAAAACCCGCGGUGCUGAUGAUAACCGCCGGUAUUGCAGCCUUCGGUAUCUACGGCUCGACUCGUUUAGAGCAGCGUUUUGAUCCCGAGUGGUUUUUACCGGAGGGAACGUAUCUGGCACAAUAUUUGAACGAAGUCAAACAAAACUAUCCCGAACAGGGACACGAGGGAUUUGUUUUCAUGGGAAAGCUCGAUUAUGUCUCAAAUUUUCAAAAAAUUUUACAACUCUGCGAGACCUUGAGGAGCUUGGACAUUUUGCAGAAUAUUGAUCAGUGGCCGGUGAAAUUUGCCCGGUUCGCGCAGAACCAAUACGACAAAGAUUUAUCAACCGUGGACGAGUCAAUGUUCAGCGAGUACCUGUCGCAGUUUCUGUUUAGCAAGUCGGGCGGAAAGUAUCAAUCGAAUUUCCGUUUCGCAGGGAACUUAACUUGCGGUGAACGGGCGCCAAAAAUCCUGAUAUCGAGUAUGGAAUUCACCUUCGCAAAAUUCCAGCAUCCCACGGAAUGGCUCGGGGCGAUGGACGGUAUUAAAGAGACCUGCUCGAGGUCGGGAAUCGACGGAUUCGUGACGGUAUGGAGCAAGGUAUUCGCGACCUGGGUUACGGACAAGGCUAUAUCGCAGGAGGUGAUGCGGAACCUGAUCCUGGCGUUGAUAUGCGUGAUGGGAAUGACGGCUGUGCUGGUCGCGGAGUUCCAGACCUGCUUCUGGAUCUUCUUGUGCGUGUUGCUGACCCUCGUCGACGUUUGCGGUCUGAUGUACUACUGGGGAUUGACCGUUGACAUCGUGUCCUGCAUCGGGCUGGAGCUCGCCGUAGGAUUGAGCGUCGAUUACGCCACUCACGUUGCUCACGCUUUUUUGAAUUCGGAGGUGCCCGACGUGGAUGGAAGCAGAAUGGCCCGGACUUUAAGCGCCGUGAGGCACAUUGGAGCGGCCGUAGUUUUUGGCGCAGGAUCAACUCUGCUCGCGUUAUCGUUGCUGGCAACCUCCGAGGCUUACGUAUUUCGCUCGUUUUUCAAAAUAUUUUUCCUCGUUGUCACAAUCGGUCUAUGGCACGGUUUGAUCUUCCUACCGGUUGUCUUCAGCGUUAUCGGUCCCCGCGCUUUGCGCUCGGAUAGUCGAGACGACACGAGCAAACGGACUGUGGCGAAGCGUCGGGAACCAGCACGAAACAAUAUCGAAAUGAAGAUUGAUGAUGUGCGGGGUGAAGCGGAAAUCGAGCUUAUGUCACCGCUUGAAAAUAAUAAGGAAUAAUUUCACCUAAAAAAUUGUGAUGUGGUUGAAGGAAACUAUAAAAAUUGCAUCGCGGUUGGAACUUAAAACAAGUUCAAAAAUUACGCGCUAUGCACGUGGCAGCGUACAUAUUGUUAAAUUUUUAAUAUCGAUAUGAAUGUAUUCUUUAUCAAUAAUAUUUAUUUUUUGGUUCAAUAAACAUACAAAAUUAUUACACUAUUGAUACUAUUAAUCAUAUUCGCAUAUCAUGUCAUCAUCGUCACACAUUUAUACAAAAAUAAUAUAAAAAACUUGGAGAUUUAUUAUUAUAACUUAAAACGCAUGUUUAUAUAUAUAUAUAUAUAUAUGAUG